GGGAGGUAAGGUUUAUCUUAUAUGUUUUGGUACGUUUUGUCUUCUUGUCCAAGUUCUAUUUGCCCACUGAUUUAUAGUAAGGCAGGCCAGUAGUGUCAAAUGCAGGGACAUCGGAUAUCCAUCCUGCUAUUCAUUCUAAUUUUAUUCCUUGUAAGAUGGACAGGCCAGGAGUGCCAAACACAGGGAUAUCUAUCCUGCUAUCCAUCCUGAAUUUAUUCCCAGGAAAAUAGGCGGGCCAGGAGUGUCAAACACAGGGGUGCCCAUCCUGAUGCCUUCCCUCACUAAGCACUUAAGCUCAGUUUGGCAUCUUGAGCACUGAGCUCUUGGCAGGUGUUUCUGUACCAAUGAUUAAUUUCAGGAGAGUAAUCAUUGUGACAGGCAAAUAAACGCUACAGAAUCUCGGCCCUGCUAAUUUGCAACAAUUCGUGGAGAAAAGCUAGCAUACAGCAUUUGCUGACAAGAAUUAUCUCUCCAAUUGAUUGCAGUUAACAUCAUGCUUCCCUUAGGCAGAUGAGGAUUAUAGAGCUCUGCCUUCAAGAAAGAAGGCAUUUGCUAAUUGCAUUCAUUAAUUACAUGGACUCUGCUGAAUGGCAUUCUCCAGUGUGGAAAAAUGCAAAAUGUUUGAUCGUGUGUAUUUAUUUGUAAUAGAAACAUAAAGCCUCUAGCCAAUGAUUUAAACAAAGAUUUAGUGGGAGUAUCAGCCUAAAUAGCAAAGUGUGAAGUUACAGCUUAACGUUUUAGUAAGUGAUGAAACUAAAGCCAAUUCUUAAAGCAGAGACCAGCACACAACAAAAAUACCACUAAACAUGUAUGAAUUCUUUUCCAAAGAUAUAGACAAAUAAAGAGAAACUGAUCUAAUGAAUUACAAAGUGGUAAGACUGUUUCAUUGACAGAUCCUUCCUGUUGUCCCUUUGUCUAGUUUUAAGGACAACCUGCGCAGCUGUUGGAUGGAGAACUUGUCCAUGACCCUUCUGUUGUGAAAAAUUGUCAGGCUGGGAUGAAAGUUGUUUUUCUUCAUGCAUCAUUCUGCUGGUUUGUGAAAACCACUGCAGAAGAGAGAAAACAAUUACAAAACAAUGAGUUUGGUUUCUUGUUUGUUUGUACUUGCAGUCUUGCUGCUGUGGAAGCACAGGCCUGAAAUGUUUCCCUGGUUGUCAUUUCAGGGGAGAUUCAAAAGCUGUGCCCUGAAGCAAGAAAGUCUGAAUUAUUGAAAAGAAAUUAGAGAGCAAGGUGAGGAAGGAAAAAAGAUACAGAAAUACUUAUUGAUGGGUGAAGGAGAUCUAAGCAGGAAGGCUGGAAAACAUUUCCUCUCCCUUCAGGCCUCUUCUUCCUUGUGUACUCGCAGGAUCAGCAUAGGAAAGGCCCAGGGUCUGCAAGAGAAGGCAGGCCCUGCAAUGCCAGAGUCUUCCUGCAAAAUCUGAAGAUGCAAUGGAUGAACCCUAAAUGGGAGUAGAUUGCUUUGUGUGUAUCUUCAGGGCAGAGGGAGAGAGAUGUUAAAAGGUUGCACAUUUAAUUUUUAGCUCUAUCAGCUGUCCCACUAACUGGUUGUUUCUCACUGGAUAAGUUUAGAGUACUCUUGUGAAUGGGUCUCUUGAUAGCUUCUUCCUCAAAUACCAUUUCUUUCAGACUUAAGACUGGGCAGGGGUAAUGCACAAUGCACAAGAGGGAUCUCUUCUUGAAGUUCCUGGUGGUGCAAAGCUUGGAAGUCACUGAAGAAACAUCACUUACAAAGCAUUUUUCUCCUUUCAGGAAUUGUCAUCCAUCACUAUGAAAAAACACAUCCUGUGAGUUUGUUUCAAGCUUUGUGCCUCACCACUUACUGCAGAAAAGCUGUGCUUCGAGCUCUCCUGGGGAAGGCUGUUGUCCUUGGGGAAGCAUGGCCUUCCGUGGCUGGAAGCAGCUGCUCCUUUUGGGCAGGCAGAACACCCUUGCCAAGGUGUGGAGAAGCAGGAGGGGAGGCCCCUCUCUAUGCUGGAAGCGCUGCUGCCACUGGAGCACAGUCAAGUCUCUGGACCCUGAGGUGAGAGCAUUUUUGGAGGAGAACACCGAGGUCACCAACAGUGGGCACCUCACACCAGAGAUCCGGCUGCGCCUCCUCACCCCUCGCUGCAGGUUCUGGAGAGAAAAGCCUGACCUGUGGCCUUAUGGGGACCCCUUCUGGGCAAUUUACUGGCCAGGAGGCCAAGCCCUCUCCAGGUAUAUUUUAGAUAACCCACAUGUGGUUAAAGGGCGAUCGGUUCUGGAUCUUGGAAGUGGAUGUGGAGCAACAGCAAUAGCUGCUGUGAUGAGUGGUGCAGCCCAAGUCCUUGCCAAUGACAUUGACCCUAUUGCAGGAAUGGCAAUGAUCUUGAACUGUGAACUCAACCACCUGAAUCCCUUCCCUAUCACCAUUAAGAACAUCAUCAAUUCAGAGGCUGGCAACUGGGACCUCAUAGUUCUAGGAGAUAUGUUUUAUGAUGAACAGCUUGCUAAUGGUCUGCAUCACUGGCUGCAGAAGUGCAUCAGGAUUCACCAGACUGAAGUGCUGAUUGGUGACCCUGGCAGACAUCAGUUUUUAAGCCACAGCAUUCACAGUCAGCUGCACAAAGUUAUAGAAUAUUCACUGCCUGAGCAUACAAGACAAGAAAACUACGGGCUAACAUCAAGUAUUGUCUGGAGUUACCAGCCCUCAAACAGCUUAGACAACUCUUGAAGCUGCCUUUCUAUGGGAUUUUGUCUCACUUGGUUGGCUUUCUGCAGGUAUAUAAAAUGAAAAUGGGAAUUAAACAGGGAACGUUAUCUGUUAAAGUAAAGCAGCUUACUGGACCUUGACUGGACUGAUUCCCGUUAUACUCACUGAGUUUUUUUCUCAAUUUGAGGUAAAAGCUACAUGCAAACUGUGUUCAAAGGGGCCUGUGCUGAAGUGCAGAUCUACAGACAACUUACAUGUAGGAGUUUGCAUGCUUGAUGUUUCCCAUGUAUAUUUGUAUCUUGCUGACAUUACUGUGAAAUGUUUUGGAUGUCCAGCAUACUGCUGUGGGGAGAGUGCUGUGGCUGAAGGACUACUGCACUGUUUCCAUAAGCUUUUGCAGCUAAUUUAUAGAAAAUUUCUAAAUAUACUAAAUUAUUGGUGUCCUCCAAAAAAUUCUCCACUAGAUUAUUAGCUCAUAAUAUGCUCAACUUGAAGUGCCUUGCUCUUUUUCUGGUCAUCUCUUCUGAAUGUCAAAGUAACUAAUUUGAUUCUCCUCCUUUCCCUCUGUAAUAAGAAUUUCCUCUUCCUUGAAACUGCCAGAGUGCUUAUGUAGGAGAUGCACCCAAUCUGCUUCUUGACUGCCAGCCAGUGUAAAAGCUUUAAUAAACGGAAAGUGAAUAAAUAGUACCAGCUAUGGGGUAACUUCAUCCCAUUAAGAGUAGGGUAAAAUGAUCUACAUUCCCUCACAUUAUCCUUUGCAAAGGUAUACCAGGCAAUCUAUCACCUUGGGAAGCUGCUGAGCGAUGAAGAAGUCUUUACUUCUGUGACAAACAGAGGGUAUCUAAAUAAAAACAGGGAAUAAAAGUCUGAUAUUAUUAUUUUGCUCUUCUUUUGAGGAGAUGCUGGACAAACUCCAGAAUCAUUCUUAUUUUAUCUGCCACCUAAGAACCAGUUUCCUCUGUCAAACAUGGUAAAAAAAAAUCUGAUUCUCAGGUCAGAUGCUGUAACUGUAGCCAUUUGAAGAAAAAAACCAAUGCUUCCAGAGAAGUCAAUGCUUACAGGAAGUGUCAACUUUAGCAGUCCAUUAUUGAACAAGCAGUGAUGAGGAGCUAAUAACUGCACCAUAGAACACAGUGCACCUACAACUCUCUCCCUGCCACAUUCUGUGGUGGAAGCUUAAAAAUGUGAAAAAGCAUGUGGUAAUCACUCAGAAAACCAUGGUAUUCAUGAAGGAGGAGGUUUAGGAACACAGGCAGGUAUACAUGGUUCUAUAAUCCAAAAAGUUUUCACAACUAUUCAAACAGCCAACUUCUAAAUUUUAAUCUUCAGAACAAUAUGUGAACAUUCUGCAAGGCUUACAACAACAAUAUCCAAACAAUAGAGAAUACAAAGUGGUAAACAUAUCCAUGAGGUUCUUCUCCCACUUCACCUAGCGCCAGUAAACAUUUUAGUAAUUGAAAAUUACUGUAAACCAAAGAACAUUACAGUGGAGUUACAUAAAUAUUAAACACCGAAGGGCAGACUCAAACACUAAGGGUAAAGGAUUUAAAAUAACUUAUAUUAACCUUUCAAACCUAAAACUACAGUGUUACCUUGUUGCAGUGUUUUACAGCUUUUUAAGCAUCAGGUGAGGAUGUACCGCUAAGUUACACACUGAGAAGAGGCUGUAGGGGAAGAUGGUGAAUAUACAGGCACACUUAAGGACACAGUAUAAGCUGUAUUUGCCUUCAACAUGACAAAUCCAAGGUUAUAUCAACAAGGAAAAAAAGGCAAACCUUGCCACUGAGGUCAACAGUAGUACUGUUUCAGAGAGCUGCCCAAACAGCUGUAUGACUCAAUAUCAACAAUAGUGCAACACAGAUUUAUUGUCCAAGCGUUCACAGGAAUGAUGGACAGUGAUUGAUCCCAGGAAUUCCACAGGGCAUAACAAUAAACUACUCCUCAGCAAAAAAAAAAAAAA